UAUAAAUAUUAUCGAAAUAGUAUGGUCAGAUUGGACAUUACCUACUUAAAAAUACCUAUUAUUAUUAACUGUGUUGAUUACAUGCGAUAUCAUAAACUACAGCAUUUUAGUUCAUAUCUUUACAUCAAUAAUAAACGUUAAGUUUAACAUUGAGGUUUCAUCGAGAUAAUCUGUAGUCUGUGUAUUUUAUGAUUUUUUAAACUCAAUUAUUACUUUUUUAUUUAAUGGAGACUAAAAGAAAUUUACGAAAAAGUAUUUAUUUAAUUGGUAGUAGUUCACAUCAACUCGUUGGAUGUAAAUUACCAUCAAAUAAACAAGUUUUAUCGGUAUUAUUUUUUAAUAUUCGAGAAGUUAAUUUGAGUGUUCGUGAUAGUGCGCGUUUAGUGAUCGAUGAAACAUUGAUAUUCUGGCAAAAAGCUCGAAUACCUACUAAAGAAGUUCGUAAUUGUUUACCAAAAUUAAAGGAAUUGUACAAUACAUGGCGUAAUUUGCACAAAAAUUCAAGUCGGCGUACAAAUACUAAGAUGCAUUAGACAUGAGGACUAUUGAUAUAGACAAGCAGUUUUUAAUAAGUCAAAAACAAAAAGGUCGUCCAGGAUCACUUAUUGGCGUUGAUGUAACUUAACAAAAAAAAAAUUUAAGCAAUUUAAAAAAUUAAAAGAAUUAGAAAAAAAAAAAACUUAAUGAAGAUGAAUUCAAAUUAACUACUAAAACUGUGGAAUUCUGUUCUACAAGCGACGACACAGAAGAAAGUUUGCCUGAUGAUUUUGUAAACAAUGAUGACUUCAGUAAUUUGUUUGAUGGCAAUGUCAAAAAAACUAAAGAUCAAAUAUCAAAUUUAGAAGAUAUUAAUUUUUCACCGGUUCCGUCUAAUAAAACUAAUGUUUUGCCAAUAUCAAGCUCCAUAAAACAAAAAGGUACAAUAGACAUAAUGACUGUAAAGUUAUCUUCAGCAUUAAAUAGGUGCAAAAUAAGCGACCGAGACGCAGUGCAUAUUAUAAUUGCAGUGGCUGAAUCAUUAGGGCAUAAUGUCAAUGAUAUCAUAGUUAAUAGGUCAUCAAAUAAACGACAUCGUGAAAAAAUACGUUGGAAUUUAGCUACAGAAAUUCGCGACAAAUUUUCUGUGACUAAUCUCAAUUCCUUAGUUUUACAUUGGGACGGCAAAUUAUUAAAUGAUUUAUGUAGUAAACAAUUAGUUGAUAGACUACCUAUAAUUAUUUCAAAUAAUGGAAAUGACCAACUAUUAGCAGUACUAAAGAUGUUAAACGGAACUUCUAAAUCACAGGCUGAGGCUAUAUAUCAAACGUUGGUCGAUUGGGGUUUAACAAACCACGUAAAAGCUAUGUGUUUUAAUACUACAGUCACUAACACAGGCAGGAUUGGAGGUACGUGUGCUUUGUUAGAACAAUGGUUAGAAAAAAACAUUUUGUACUUUCCGUGUCAUCAUCAUAUUUUAAAAUGUACAUUUGACACAAAAUUUGAUAUAACUUCAGGACCGAAUGUCUCCUUAUUUCUUCGUUUUCAAAAGUCUUGGCCAAAAAUUAAUACUGAAAAUUACAAGUCCGGUAUCGAUGAUCGAUUUAUUUUUGAAAAAUUGCAAAAUUCUAUUGAUCAUAUUUUAGAGUUUUGUUUAAAUCAAUUAAAACUAUCCCACUUUAGAGAAGAUUAUAGAGAAUUUCUUGAGCUAACAGUAAUUUUUUUAAAUGGAGUUCCGCCUAGAGGUGUAUUAUUUAGAGCUCCAGGAGCGAUUCACCAUGCUCGAUGGAUGUCAAAAGCGCUUUAUACUCUUAAAAUAUUUAUUUUUCGUGAAGAAUUCAAGUUGACACAAAAAGAUUAUAAUUCAAUCUCGAGUAUAUGCAUUUUCUUGGUUAAUUUGUACAUCAAAGUUUGGUUUAAUGCACCAAUUGCUGCUUUUUCGCCUCGACAAGAUUUAGAAUUUUUAAAAAAUAUUUUCCAAUACAAAACCAUAGAUGAAGAAUUACCUAAAAAUAAUUUGAAAAAAUUUGUUAACCAUUUAUGGUAUUUAACUUCAGACAACAUUGCUUUAGCAUUUUUCGAUAAACAUAUUCCACAUGAGACAAAAACUAAAAUGGCAUUUAACAUUAAAAGAAUUGAUACUGAAAAUUUCGAUGGGGAAGAAUAUUAUGUCAUAAAAAAUAAACGCAUAUAUUUGGACUUCAAUGAAGUAUCAAACUUUAUAAAAAAUAAAAAAAUAGAAGAUUUUGUGACAACUUAUUCAAUACUUUAG